AUGUCUGCAUUUCAGUUGGACGUGCUGCAACAGUUAAAUGCCUUGGGAAAAAUCGAUUCAACUCUAGCGACCUUUCCAAAAGAGGAUCCACAAGACAUUUUGUCAGCUUUGAGCUCUUUAAAUGCGCACGGCAAAAUCGAGUACACUAGAAAAGACUCUAUUCAAUAUGAUUUGAGCGAAGAGGGUAAGGAUAUCUUGGCCAACGGGUCACAUGAAAUGAAACUAGUUCAGCUAAUCAAAGACUUCGGUAAGUUGAAAAUUAAAGAUGUCAACGAAAAGUUAGGACCAAAGGGGAAGGUUGGCCAAGCGCGUGCUUUCAAAAACGGUUGGAUUGUUAAGAGUAAAGAAAACGAACUAGAACUAAGUGACAAAUUACAGGGUGGUGUAAACCCAAGUGAUGAGACAAAGGAACUUUUGCAUAAAAUCGUUGAUAAGAAAGAUUCUGAAAUCAAUGCUAAAGUUUUGGCUGACUUGAAGAAAAGGAAGUUGAUUGUACCCAAAAAAGUGACAGAUUUCGUUAUUGUGAAAGGUAAUGAUUUUUCUUUAGAUCUGAACAAAUUAGAAACUGAUAUCACAGCUGAUAUGAUUGUCAGUGGUUCUUACAAAGAUCUGAAGUUCAAGCCUUACAACUUCAACUCCAAAGGUUUACCAGUUCAGUCAGGUGCCCUACAUCCAUUGAACAAAGUUAGAGAGGAGUUCAGACAAAUUUUCUUCUCAAUGGGAUUCACUGAAAUGCCAACAAGUCAAUAUGUUGAAACCGGUUUUUGGAAUUUUGAUGCUCUAUAUGUUCCUCAACAACAUCCUGCGCGUGAUCUUCAGGAUACUUUCUAUAUUAAGGAUCCUUCAAAAUCUGACCUACCAGAGGAUAGAACAUAUAUUGAGAAUAUCAAAGCUGUUCAUGAAAAUGGUAAAUUUGAUUCAAUAGGUUACAGAUAUGAUUGGAAAGAGGAAGAAUGUAAAAAAUUAGUCCUUAGAACUCACACAACAGCAAUUUCUGCGAAGAUGCUACACGAAUUAUCAAAGGAUCCAAAGCCUACAAGAUUGUUUUCCAUCGAUCGUGUUUUCCGUAAUGAAGCAGUUGAUGCAACACAUUUGGCUGAAUUUCAUCAGGUUGAAGGUGUAUUAGCUGAUUACAAUAUCACUUUAGGUGGACUGAUUAGUUUCAUGGAGGAGUUUUUCGCUAAGAUGGGUGUCACAGGUUUACGUUUCAAACCAACAUAUAACCCAUACACUGAACCAUCGAUGGAAAUUUACUCGUGGCAUGAAGGUCUUGGUAAAUGGGUCGAAAUCGGUAACUCUGGUAUGUUCAGACCAGAAAUGUUGGAACCAAUGGGUUUGCCAAGGGACUUAAGAGUCUUGGGUUGGGGUUUAUCUCUGGAAAGGCCAACUAUGAUUAAAUAUAAAGUGCAAAAUAUAAGAGAAUUGCUUGGUCAUAAAGUUUCCCUAGAUUUCAUUGAGAAUAAUCCAGCUGCAAGAUUAGAUGAAGACUUAUAUACUUGA